AUGAACUAUGCGUCUCGCGGCGUGGCCAAGUUCGGCGAUCGAUGCCAGUCGACGCUCGAGUGCGGCUUCCCUGGCAGCGAGUGCGACCCCAACAAACGCAGCUGCCAGUGCGUGCCCUCGCUGCCGGUCACCAACCACAUCGACAAGUGCGGCAGAGAGGCGUCGGUCAACGAGUCAUGUUUUUUCAACGAGCAAUGCGAGUUUUCGACGCCGCAAACGGAGUGUCGCGACGGUCGAUGCGCCUGCAGGUUCGAGUUGACGCCCACGCCGAACAAGGACGGAAUCUUUGAAUGCAUUAUGAAACCAGAAAUUCCUAAGUCUGAGCGGUACGUCGAUCCUGCAAUGAUCGGUGUUCUGGUUGGCAUGGCCUUAAUGUUCAUCAUUAUUUGUGUCGUCUUGAGGUUAUUCAGCAAUGCCCGUUGGCGUGAAAAUCGAACGAUUUUCAACACCCCGAAUCCGCGCUUGAUGAACGUGUCCCUGUUGCGAGAGAGCAAGCACGAACGAAGGGGCUCUAGGGGGUCCGUUAGGGCUCCCUCCAGGAGGCCCAGCAUGGCGUCGCUCAGGCCACAAAGUCCGCAAUCAGCUGGACCUAAUCAAGGAGGCCAACAACGAGGCGCCAAUGUAACGAGCGCCGAAGUUUCAUUAUUCGAACCAUGAGAGGAAAAUGAGAUAUAAAAUAAUAAUAAAAGAAAACUAUUAAAACAAUAAAAC